CCAUUCAACCCGAUCCAAAACCCGAUUCAUUUUCACUCUUCUCAGUCUUCAGCCCCGACCCCAAAACUCUCCCAUAAACGUAUCACCACCAUAACAUCGGCUUCACCCGCUUCCGAUUCCACUCACUAACUCACAAUAGGUUGCGUUUUAUAACUCUCUUAUCUUCCUCUCAAUCUCAAUCAAUUUCAGUCUGAAGCCUGAUACAAAACCUUCACAAUCCCACAAUGACGCUUCACUCAAUCAUAAUCCAAAAGCUUCUGAGCACAAACGCUCACUUGGGUCGGCGCGUGGCGGCCCACCACUUCAAACAGUUCACUUACGGCAUCCGUAAUGGCAUGGCCAUAAUCGAUUCGGAUAAAACCCUAAUUUGUCUCCGAAACGCCUGCCACUUCAUCUCUCUAUUGGCGCAACGUCAAGCCACGUUUAUGUUCGUGAACACGAACCCUUUGUUUGACGAAAUCAUACUCCAGAUGACUAAGAAGAUCGGGUGUUAUAACCCUAACAUGAAUGCGCUGUGGCGAAUGGGGGGAUUUUUGACAAACAGUUCGAGUCCGAAGAAGUUUCGGUCGAGGAACAAGAAGAUUAGGUUCGGGCCCACAAAGUUGCCGGACUGUGUGGUGGUACUGGACACGGAUAAGAAGUCAUCUGUGAUAAUGGAGGCGGCGAAGCUUCAGGUUCCGAUUGUGGGUUUGGUGGAUUCGAGUAUGCCAUGGGAGAUUUACAGCAAGAUAACGUAUCCGAUACCGGGAAAUGAUUCAGUGCAAUUUGUGUAUUUGUUGUGUAAUAUGAUUACUAAGACGUUUUUAGUUGAGCAAAAGAAGCUGGGGUUGUUGAAUGAUGAUGGAGAAAAAAUUGAUGGGAAAAAAGGAGAUGGGGGGAAAGUGGGACAAAUUAAAAACAACAAUAAGAAGAGUGAGAUUGAUAGCUUAAGAGAUGAAGUACUAGUUGUUCCUUAUGAUAGCUUAGCACCCAUUUCUGAAGAUACUGUGGAAGCAAAGAUGUUUCUAGACAAGUUAGUGGUGGUGAAGUUCAAUGGAGUUGUGGGAACAAAUAUGGGCUUUACUGGCCCCAAAUCAGCAAUUGAAUUUCAUAAUAAUUUGACAUUUAUGGAUUUGAUGGUUAAUCAAAUUGAGUCUCUCAAUUCCAAGUUUGGUUGCAAUGUUCCUCUAGUACUUAUGGACACCACUGAAACACAUGGUGAUACCCAAAAGGUUGUGGAGAAAUAUUCUGCCUCAAAAAUUGACAUUCAUUCUUUUAGACAGAAAGCAUUAGAAGGACAGAGUGGCAAAGAUAAAUUGCAUCCUUCUGACCACGGUGCAGUGUUCCUCUCUCUGAUGAAAAGUGGUACUCUUGAUGUAUUAUUGUCACAGGGUAAGGAGUAUGCCCUUGUGGUUCAUGCAGAUAAUGUGGCAGCUGUUGUUGACCCAAAAAUCUUGAAUCAUUUGAUUCAAAAUGAGAUUGAGUACUGUAUGGAGGUGACACCAACCACUUCAAUAGAUUUGAAAAAUAGUAUAAUUAAUUCGAGACAAGGAAAGUUCCAGCUUAUGAAUAUCACUCAAAAUCCUGCUAAACAUUCAGAUGGAAGGUUCAAAUUUAUUGAUACAAGAAACUUGUGGGUAAAUCUGAAGGCCAUCAAAAGGCUUGUAGAUACUGAUGCAUUAAAGAUGGAGAGUCUUUCUGCUUCAAAGGAAGAAUAUAGUGAUCAAAUUAAAUUGCAAGAUACAGCAGCUGAUUCAGCAAUACGGGUAUUCUCAUAUAUAUUACAUUCUUCUGUUCUAUACUGCGAAUUUCUGCUGUCUCUUACCAUUGUUUUAUGGUCAAGCCAGUUCUUUGAUCGCACAAGUGGUAUCAAUGUCCCUCCGUCUCGUUUUCUUCCUCUGAAUUCGACAUCAGACUUACUUCUUCUCAAGUCUGAUUUGUACUCCUCUAUGGACGGAGUCUUAGUUCGAAAUAAUGCUAGAAACAAUCCCUCAAAUCCUUCUAUUGAAUUGGGACCUGAAUUUAAAGAGGUUAGUGACUUCCUAAGUCGCUUCAAGUCCAUUCCCAGCAUCAUUGAUCUGGAUAGCUUGAAGGUGACAGGUGAUGUCUGGUUUGGGGCCGGUAUAACGCUCAAGGGAAGAGUAAAUAUUGUUGCUAAACCUGGGAUGAAACUGGAAAUUCCUGACGGGGCAGUGCUUGAAAACAAGGUGAUCAACGAGGUUGCAGACAUUUGAAAAUGAUCUCUUUCAAGCCUUAUGUUGCUCCACAGUGAUAAAGAUUAUAUCAGAGAAAAGAAAUAAAAUAAUAAUAAUAAUUUUAGGUGAUUCUUGGGGAAUAUUCUGAAAUAUAUUCCUUUUUGUCAGAAAAUGAGAGGAAAUUCUAGAGGUAAAGAGAAUUGAGAGAAUAGAGGAGAUUACUCAAAGUUGUGUACUGUGUAAUGUGUUCUAAUCGUAGGAUAGAUAUAAUAGAGGAAAGCCUCCCCAUUUGUUACAAUUUUGAUAUUAUAUCGCCUUUGUUGACAUUAAGGCUAGAUUAGAUUCGUGAUAUUUGAAUUCGAAUUCGAGUUUAGAUCGAAUGAGUCAAAUUUAAAUUAAGAAUUGAGUUUGUUUUCAUAAAUGAGUUGAGUUUGAAUUGAUUCAAAUACUUGACUGAUAGUUGGAUUGAAGUAAAAUCGAAUUUAUGUUUGUUUACGAUCA